AUGGAGAACAGUACAGAGGUGACUGAAUUCAUUCUUAUAGGGAUAACUGAUGACGCAGAACUGCAGAUCCCACUCUUUAUAAUGUUCACUCUCAUCUACCUCAUCACUGUGAUUGGGAACUUGGGGAUGAUCAUGUUGAUCCUGCUGGACUCUCGUCUCCACAUUCCCAUGUACUUCUUCCUUAGUAAUCUCUCUCUGGCGGACUUUGGUUACUCCACAGCUGUCACUCCCAAAGUGAUAGCUGGAUUCCUUAUAGGAAACAAAGUCAUUUCCUACAAUGCAUGUGCUGCUCAAAUAUUCUUUUUUGCAGUCUUUCUCAUUGUAGAAAAUUUUCUCUUGGCCUCAAUGGCCUAUGACCGCCAUGCAGCAGUGUGUAAACCACUACUUUAUACCACCAUCAUGACAACAAAAGUGUGUGCAUGUCUAGUCAUAGGCUGCUACGUCUGUGCUUUCCUGGAUGCCUCCAUCCUCACUGGGGACACAUUCAGUCUCUCUUUCUGUAGGUCCAAUGUGAUUGAUCACUUUUUCUGUGAUGUUCCUUCUCUCCUGGCUCUCUCAUGCUCAGACAACUACAAUAGUGAGAUGGCUGUAUUUGUUUUGGUGGGCAUCAACGUCAUCUUUUCUGUCCUGGUCAUCUUGAUCUCUUACCUGUUUAUAUUUAUCAUCAUCCUGAGGAUGCGCUCAUAUGAAGGAAGCCGGAAGGCCUUUUCCACCUGUGCUUCUCACCUCACUGCUGUCUCCAUCUUUUAUGGGACAGGUAUCUUCAUGUACUUACAGCCAAGCUCCAGCCAUUCCAUGGACACAGACAAAAUGGCAUCAGUGUUCUAUGCCAUAGUCAUUCCCAUGCUGAAUCCACUUGUCUACAGCCUGAGGAACAAAGAGGUCAAGACUGCCUUUAAAAAGGCUGUGGGGAAGACUAAGUCUUCUAUAGGAUUCAUAUUUUAA